AUUGACUGGGUAGCAAGAAAUCUAUAUUUCACCUAUCGAAGUUCAGACUAUUAUUAUAUUGUAAAGUUCGACUUAACAAUGUGGGAAAAUGGCAUAAUUAAAUUUGAUGAGAUUAUCGAAUCGCAAAAUGAUAUUCUCCAUUUAAGUGUAUCACCGUCUAUGGGAAUGUUAUACGGAACGUACAUAGUAUACAAUAAUAAGGCAAUGAGAGAAUAUAGUAUAGUGAAAUAUCAUCUCGAUGAAGAAAUCGAGCAACCUGUUAAGAUAAAUACAUCCUUUUAUCAACUUCAUUCUAUAAAAUAUUAUGAUGAUAUAAUAAUUGAUGACAUGAAUAAUGAGGAGCCGUUAAUUUACUGGUUAAGUGAGAAAUACGUAAUUGUAACAGACAUUAACAUUUCUAUGUGCAAUAUGAUUUUACACGUGGAAAACAUAAGCAAUAACAUCGCCUUCCGAUCUAUGACGAUUGACAAAACAAACAUUUACAUUUUAGCAAUUGUUUGGAAUGAUUUUAAUUCUGGAUACGCUGUAUACGCUUUGAAGAAGAAAUAUGCAAGUCUCAAGAGCGUAAAUGCAGCCUAAUAUGUUGAAAAGAUAACAAGAAUAAAUAAUGAAGUUAAAUAUCAAUUUAAAAAAAAAAAAUUUACGGUUUUGAUAAAUCUUUACAACCAUAUCCUUCAAUGAGAUGUCUGACACCUUACGAAAAAGUUUACAAUUUUGAGAAUGUGAAUGCAACGACAAACAGCAUCAUUGUGAAUUUUCCGGAGCCGGUUGUAAAGAGUGGAUGCAAAAAGUAUAAUUUACCAACUACUAUAUAUACUAUCUCUGUAAGCUGUUUAGACAACAAUCUCAACAAGUCUGAGAAAUUCAAUGUGCUGACGAGCGAGCGAUAUUACGAGAUUCAGAACUUAACACCAUUUACAGAGUACAAGUUGAAGUUUACUUUAAGCAAUUUUUACUUUGAUCAAUUAUCAAUAAAUCCAAUCAAUUCGAAUGUGAUGUCAUUAAACACUAAUUCGGGCAAGCUUAAUGCACCAGAAAACAUAAGUGUUUUAGCUUUGACGCCUCCUAUAACAGUAGUUCAUUGGAUGCCACCCAAGCAAUUUAACUGCGUGAGCGUCAACUACGAAGUGCAUUGGAAGUUAGUGAACGACACGCAACAAAAGAGUAAACAAUUUAUCAAUGUGCCGAAACGUAUGGCAGAUGGCAGAUUUUUCACAAAGAUUAACUUAUCGGAACCAGUACAAAAUUACUUGAUAUACGUGCGUGUGUAUCCAACUAAUUUCAGCGAUUUCUACAACGAGAGUUUAAACGAGAUCGUUCACAUAUCCUCAGAACCAAACAAUAUUACUUUGAGCGGGAUCAACAUAAAUAGCAUGAACAUUUCAUGGAUCUCCAACAUUAAUCUGACGAUCUUUUGUAUACUGGAAUACAAAGAGAUUGCAGCAGAAAAGUGGCAAACAACAAAUUAUUUUAAAGUAAAUUAUAACAAUGAAGUAAUGUACCAUGUCAAAAAUUUACUUUAAUCGGGCUCUUUAUACAAGUUUCGCUUGAUAUUGACAUACCACGAA